AUGUAUGCCCCAGAGUGCAAGGCGGAGGUGACUCCCUCACACAAUGGCAGUCGCACCUUCAGCUACACCCUGGAGGAUCACACCAAGCAAGCUUUCAACAUCAUGAAUCAGUUGCGCCUAAGUCAGCAACUUUGUGACGUCACCUUGCGAGUCAAAUACAAGGACAUUCCCCCGGCCGACUUUCAGGCCCACAAGGUGGUGCUGGCCUCCUCCAGUCCAGUCUUCAAGGCCAUGUUCACCAUGGGCCUCCGGGAACAGGGUAUGGAGAUAAUCCCCAUUGAGGGCAUCCACCCCAAAGUAAUGGAGCGCCUCAUUGAAUUUGCCUACACCGCCUCCAUUUCCGUGGGCGAGCAGUGUGUGCUGCAUGUUAUGAAUGGGGCUGUCAUGUACCAGAUAGACAGUGUGGUGAAGGCCUGCUGUGAUUUUUUGGUGCAGCAGCUGGACCCCAGUAAUGCCAUUGGCAUCGCCAACUUCGCUGAACAGAUUGGCUGUACCGAACUGCACCAGCGGGCACGGGAAUAUAUCUACAUGCAUUUUGGAGAGGUGUCAAAGCAGGAGGAGUUCUUCAACCUUUCACAUUGCCAGCUGGUGACCCUGAUCAGCCGGGACGAGCUGAAUGUGCGGUGUGAGUCAGAAGUCUUCCAUGCUUGCAUUAACUGGGUAAAAUAUGACUGUGAGAACCGUCGACUCUAUGUCCAGGCCUUGCUGAAAGCUGUGCGCUGCCAUUCCCUCACGCCACACUUUCUCCAGAUGCAGCUGCAGAAGUGUGAAAUCCUCAAGUCGGAUUCCCGUUGCAAGGACUACUUGGCCAAGAUCUUCCAGGAUCUCACCCUGCACAAACCCACUAAUGACAUGCCCUGCCGUGCACCUAAGGUGGGCCAGCUGAUCUACACGGCAGGGGGCUACUUUCGCCAUUCCCUCAGCUAUCUGGAGGCUUACAAUCCUUCUGAUGGCUCCUGGAUCCGACUGGCUGACCUGCAGGUGCCUCGCAGCGGCUUGGCUGGCUGCGUAGUGAGCGGACUGUUCUACGCGGUGGGGGGGAGGAACAACUCUCCUGAUGGCAACAUGGACUCAGAUGCCAUUGACUGCUAUAACCCCAUGACCAAUCGAUGGUCUUCCUGUGCCCCUAUGAGUGUGGCCCGUAACCGAAUUGGCGUGGGGGUAAUUGAUGGUAUGAUAUAUGCGGUGGGCGGCUCAUUUGGGAGCACUCAUCACAACAGCGUGGAGAGGUACGAGCCGGAGCGUGAUGAAUGGCAGUCAGUGGCUCCUAUGCUGACGCGGCGGAUUGGUGUCGGUGUGGCUGUGCUGAACCGUCUCCUGUACGCUGUGGGGGGCUAUGAUGGCACUAAUCGCCACAGCUCUGCCGAAUGCUACUACCCUGAGCGUGAUGAAUGGGAGAUGAUUGCCACAAUGAAAACCAUUCGAAGUGGAGCAGGAGUUUGUGCUCUGAAUAACUGCAUAUAUGCCAUGGGGGGCUACGAUGGAACAAACCAGCUGAACAGUGUGGAGCGCUAUGAUGUGGAGGUGGGCACCUGGUCCUUUGUUGCAUCCAUGAAGCACCGUCGGAGUGCCCUCGGGGUCACUGUAUAUCAAGGCAAGAUCUACGUUCUAGGUGGCUAUGAUGGACAAACGUUUCUGGAUAGCGUUGAGUGUUAUGACUCCACCACAGAUACCUGGACUGAAGUAACUUGCAUGACAUCAGGCCGCAGUGGGGUAGGUGUUGCCAUUACCAUGGAGCCAUGCUGCAAGCAAACUGAGCAGCAGAAAUGCCAUUGUUAAUGGUAACAAGGAAUGUGCUCCACUUCCCUUCAAAUGGAGAGGAUUCAGUAUUAUAAAAUACCUGCUGCCAAGUUGUAUUCUGCCAGAAUAAAGGAAAAGUGCCAAAAGGAUGAGAAACAUUUUAAAUCCCAUUUGAACUGGCCUUGAGGCAACAAUGAAAAACAACUCUUGCUCUGUGCUUUACAAGGAUAGCUGUAGUAAAUUUGUUGUUGCCUCUGCACGCCGCCCCUGCCUCAGUUUGGGAUAGAUUCAUCAGUGAAGAAGGAAACCUCUCUGGGAGAACUAUAGGAGAGCUUGAUUCACACUGGCUGUCUGUUUUCUGGCCCCUGGCAGUGAAUGGACCAUCAGGAAAGGACCUCCAGAUCAGGAUGGGUGGAAGUAUUUUGUACAUAGUGCAGCCCUGAGCCCUCCUUAGAAAUGUGUCUUAUUCGUAGUUUGGCGACCAGUUUUUGCUUGGCAGGUUUGUCCAAGUACAGAUGGGGAAAGGGG